AUGAAUCCUCCGAACGCAUCAUCAGUGUCACUCUAUCGUCAAAUACUUCGCUAUCUUCGUUCUUCUUCAUUUCCUUUUAAAUAUCUCCGUCCAAAAAUUCAUUACAAUGUUCGUGAAAUGUUUGAAAUAUAUCGUAAUGAGAGAGAUAACGAUAAAAUAAAAAUGCUAUUAAGACGUGGAUGGCAAGAUAUAGAAUUUUUAAAGUCUUGGGAAAUUGUGGAAAAAGAAAUUCGAGAUGAUAUCUUUAGAGGAUUUCACAGAAAGUUUUAA